AACGUUAAAUUUACAGGACAAUGUACCGAUGACUCGCCCCUCAAGCGUGCCGAUCCCAACGGUCAUUUCUCCACGAAACCCACCCGAUCGCCCACGACGCCCAGGAUGAGCGGGUCGCUCUCCGAGUCACCCCUUAAGAACAGCGUUCCCGAGAUCCCAAUCGAAAUCGUGAGCGAAGAAGAGAUGGCUCUCAUCGAAGCCGCCUUAUCCGCCGCUCGCUCUUCGAUCCCUGCAAUUCGUCCACCUUUUGAUUUUCACAGGAACGCGAGGUCUAUUCAGUCAAUCACUGUCCUGUCCAAGAGGAGCUUCUCGGGUCACACCGAAGUGGACAUCGAGGAUUCGGGCGACUUUGCGAACACCCAGAAGAAGGGUAAAGAGGCUGUGCCCCUCUUGCAUCGGUUUAGAAGAAACAAGGGCUUGUCUGUCACUGAUAUCACUGCCACGGAAUGGUGCCAAAAACAAAUGGAGUUUGUUCUCCUCCGUGGCAAGCGUAAAACUACUAAAGCUAUGAAAGCAGGUAGUGCUCGGCACACAAAACUUGAAGAAGAGGUUGUGAAAAAAGUAACAAUUCGUGUCAAAUCGAAAGAAGACACAUGGGCUUUGAAGCUUCUGAACUUUAUAAUUGGUGCUAAUCAAUUAUUGUUUGAAGGAUUGACUCGUGAGCUGCCACUAAUAGGCUUCAUAGAAGGUAUAUGGAUGGUGGGAGUGAUCGAUGAGAUCCGAAUGCCUGCAACAGAAACUGAUAGAAACCCGAUAUUAGUUGACACAAAGACCCGUGUUCGAGACACUCUUCCUGCUGAACCACAAAGAAGGAAUGGAAGGCUUCAACUAAUGUGCUACAAGUAUAUGUGGGACAAUUUAGUUGCUGACCAUUUCCCCUCCAAACAAUUUUUUGAUUUUUUUACCUUGAAUCCUCAUUCUGUCUUAUCUGAAGAAAUCAGGGAAAGAACUGCUGAUUCAGGGUUCCCAGCAGAGACCCUUGAUGACAUGGUGAGAUUAUACAGAAAUACAUGUAGCAUGCUGCCCCCUGCUCAUGACCAGCUUUUGUUGAGAUAUGAGUUCCAAAAAGAUAAUUCAUUGCUUGGCGAAGAUCAAUUUGCAUUUGACUCAGAUUGGCUCAAGAAUCAAAUUCAGGGGUGUCUUGAGUUCUGGCUAGGGGAGCGGGAAGCCUGUUACACUCCAGAAGAAGAGCGUUGGAAAUGCCGGUUCUGUCAGUUUGCUUCUAUCUGUCCUGCAAACACUGAUCCUGAUCCUAUGACUCCAAACCAUACAAACACCUAGGAAAAUAGUAAACUAAACUAGAGAAAAGUACUGACAUUCUUUUAGUGUCUUCCAAUCGGUUCUCUCUAUAAACUCAGUGAGCAAAACAUGCUACCUUCCUGCAAAGAAGCAUAGAUGUUAUUGAAGCUUUCUUUGCGGUGUAUUGCUGACCUGAAGCUGGUUGAGAAUCACAUGAUUGGAUUAUGUAUCUUCUACGCACAAAAAUGCGUUUGUUGUAGGCUAUGACGAUUCAUUGUUGUAAAUUCGAAAACAAAAUUCAUUCUGUAAAGAAUAUGUAUAUCAACC